AUGCGCACAGCAUUUUAUUGGCGUGCGAACACAAUCGAUAUCUUCUGUUCGCCUCAGGCAAUCGAUCUUUCGGGAACAGAGAGCAAUGGAGGCCUCUUGGGGCACGACCGGCAGAAGUUCUACCUCUCGAUGAGUCUUGAGAUUGACAAUGUGCGUGCACAGGAGAACGCCACCAGCGUGCAGGAAGGAACGAACGGGGCCGUCCAGUGGGGUCUCGAGGCAAUAACAAUAAAGUAUGGCAAUGCGGCGGACACUGUGAUCGUCGAGGUUUGGAGUGAGAACCCCGGCAGCGACGUGAUCAUCGGCAAGGCAGCGAUGACGCCGCGGCACGUGCGUGCUUUGGCUCUCCACCAAGACCACAGUGCACGCAUCCGCUUGCCGUUGUCACAGCAACGCAACGGCAACCGGGCCCAAACUCACGGCGUGUUCGUGGCACGUGUAAGACUUGUCCUUGACGCGGAUGAUCUACCAAGGGCUGCAGCGCUCGGUCUAGGGCACUCAGGCAUCGGCCGAUACCGAAGUGGUGAGAGGGAAACCAAGAAAGCGAAGGCCGGGAAAACUCUGGACCACUCAGCCAUCGGAUACCUCGUGUGUUCAGGUCUCACGGCGUACGACCUUCCGCCAACGGAAGGGUUGAAGUUCGGCGGACGCCAAGACCCAUAUGUGAAGGUUGCUCUGGGCCCAGUAGCGGAGCGAACGAGUUCUUUAACAGGGGGCGGGAACCUGUGCGACUGGACAGGACAGUCUCUGCGCUUCCGGGUGGAUUCAGGCCAAACAGCGCGAAAAGGGUGGGGCAACGGUCUAGCGGUGGAAGUGCGGAAUGGCAAUCAGCCUGGGAGGGAUGCUCUUAUCGGAAAAGGUCUCAUCAGACCUGAAAAGCUUUUGGAGUUGCAAAACCGUCCCGAGCAAGGCGGCUUGUCUUGUCGUGUAAAGCUCUCGCGACAGGGCAACGGCCGCAAAGGCACGUUGAGCAUGGUGAUAACCUUCUAUCCCGACCAGCCGGGCACAGCACUUGGGUCAGAGGAACAGAUACCGCUUCGAGAACCUGACACACCUCGACAGCCCGGACAGGCGUCCAACUUUAUUCUGAUAACUAACGUUAUGGUGAAAGAUCUAAGCGACAUCCUUGCAUUCGGCUGGGGUGCUCUGGACAAGCCGAAGCCGUACGUGGUUGCCCGAGUUGGUGUUACCGAGAGAAGCACACCGGUAGCAGGAGUCGUGAGCGGGAAGUCGACCUGGGUCGACACCUGGCUCGUCCUUCCGGUUUCUGACGAGGGGUUGGGUGUCCCAUCGACGUUGCGAUUGGAACUGUGGACGUCCAACCCCGUCCAGGACGACCAAGUAGGGUACGUCGAGGUGGACGUUGCGUCACUUUCGAAUGACCGUGAGUCCGGCAGCGGCACACCUAGCUCCAUCCCAAGUGGUGAGCAAGUACCCCUUGACCUCCCAUUGCGGUGCCUCACCGGCGCAGGUGGCGAUGAAUUUGGAGACAUGAUCCUACCAACCCUUUCGUGCAGUGUUGAGCUGCAGACUGAACGUGGCGGUUGCGACCGGCUGAAAGAGGCGCUUCGCAACCCUCAAAGUAAGCCACCUGGGGAGACCGUCACUCUACCAGCCAUCGGGCCAAAUGAGGGUCCUGGUGUCUUGAAGGUGAUGGUUCUCGGCAUAGCUUUGCACGAGGAUGUCGAAGCGCCAGAAGUGCGAUUGACGCUGCUUCCAGGGAAGCGAUUUGCGACCACGCGCCCGCUACUGGAGAUCGGCGGCGACCCGAGUCAGCAGGACGAAGCCAAGAGCAGGGUGACCGGCGCGUGGAACCAAGAGCUUGAGAUCCCGUGUUAUGCCACCGAUUUUGAGGCGCUCGACACGGUUGUCUCGCUGCAGGCAGACGUCGUUGUGGCCGGGGUGCUGGCGGGACAAAGAGUUCUUGGACAAGGGCAGGCUGAGGUCUCAGGCGUGAUUCAGGCACGACAAGAGCAAGAGAUAUCUCUGGACAUAGUCUCUCUCAACAGAGGAGCAGCGCCACACACGCUUGGCCAGCUAUCGCUAACUGUUCGGUUUGAGGAUGCAUGGGAGACCCCACGACAUGAAUCUUUGCCUAGUCCAGAAAGACCAAGCGGGCCGCAAGUGACAAGCCUACAUUGCCCUGGAAUCCUGCGGAUGUUUGUUGUAGACGCGAGAGAACUAUCGGGACUAAAGCGACAUCAGGACCCGUACGUGGUCGUCGAACGAGUAGUAGCUGAUCCGGCGAUCCCCUGCCAAGCCAAGCCAUUCAGCAGUGCGGCGGCGGUGGUCGGAAAGGGAAGACAGGCACGGUGGCUCGAGAGCUGUGACCUUCGGGUAGGACAGUCUGAAGCUGACUUCCUGCGGGGUCAGGCUGGAGGUGGUUCGAUAACACUUACAGUGUCCUUGACAGACAAAGAUGUACGCGGAGGCGACGAGCCAAUAUCGUCACUCGAGGUGGUGGUGACCCCGGAGUCGCUGGCAGAGAGAGAGUCCUCGGUCCUGUGGCACCGGCUUUUCUCACAGCCACGCUCACGACUUCAAAUCAACCCGCUGUCUCAUAGUCCUGCGGCUCAGCGCGUAAGAGGCUUGCCACCAACGUGCGAAAUCGAGCUGCGGCCGUACGCAAAAGUGGGUCGAAAGAAGGCAAGGGAGAUUCUGGGCUGCGCACGUGUGCCGGAAAUGGGUAACCCGGAUGUAGACGUCGGAGUGUUCCACAAGUUCCUGAAGAUGGAUUUCGCCCAAGCAACUCCUCUCGCAGAUAACCACCUGGCGGACACGUCGCCGAGCUGUGUUUUGACCGUGUACACCAAGUGCGGCGAAAAGAAGGUCGUGUCGGGCAGGGCAGAAGUCCUUCUCGCGAGCUUGUGCGGGUACAAAAACCUUAAUGGAGAAGCUGUGCUUCGGAGUCCACGUCGCCGCCGGGGUAACCACAACAGUAAAACAGCAGCCGGGAGUGCUCACCCCGUAGCAUUUCGACAAUUCGGAAACGCGCGCGUAUUGGGAUGCGACGAGGCGGAGCGUUUCAGCUGCCCUGUAGCGGCGGUGGACCAAGUGAUACCGCUUCUCGAGGACGACCGAAGCUUUUCUGAUGGUGCCAACCAAGGAGGGGGUCCUCUGCGCAAUGCUGGGCGGGGCGGGGAGCUGAGAUUGCGGGCACUAUACGUGCCAGACAAGGUCGCAGAUGCUCUGGGGGUGAGGGAGGCAAUCAAGGCUCUGUCAAGAGCGGCGGAAAAUUCAAUGCAGCUUUUCACUGAAAACCCAGCUGCGGCUCUUUCACGAGCUGCCGAUGACGGCGGUGGGGUAGGCGAUAGCCAAGCACUGGACUCCAAUUCAACGGCCCUGCCGGGGGCGUUGGAGGUGCACCUGAUACGAGCGACCGAUUUGCAGUGGGUGGAGGAAACCGUCGACCCGGUCGUUCAGCUGAGUGCGAUUGGCCAAUGGAGCGACACCAGCGUGGAAUGGAAUCAUCAAUUCUCUCUGCUGGUGGACGAUGCCAACGUAGAGAUGCUGGAAAUUCGUGUCUUGGACGGGAAUGGCCCUCAAGGGUGCCACAAGCCUGUCGCAUGCUGUAAAAUAUCUUUGAGGAGGCAACCGGUCGUGGGUCAGGCACACAUCCUCCGGGAAGCAUUCGCCCCGACGAAUAAUAUUUGCCCUUCCUUGCCAGCACACGUUGUGGCGUCACCGCACGGAUUACCGACCUCCGGCGCUACCGCCAGCCCGGCAGCGACGGCGGCCAUUCACGUUCUUGUCGUAUCCAUGGAUGGCGGCGAUGUGUCUCGUGAGGACCGCCUAAGGGUGCGCGUUUCUCUCGCGGAAGAUUCUGACGAAUGGGGAGCCAGGGAACGUCUUGGCGGGGAGACAAGCGCAGCAACCACUCGAGUUGGCGUGGUGGAUGAGGGGGCGGCCGUGUGCAGCUGGAAUGGCCCAGGACAAGCGGUAGUACUGGCAUGCCCACUACUCGUGUUUUUGUCAAAUGAAUUCAAGCUCGACGGUGACGAGCCCUCACGCACGGCGGCCUCCGGAGAGCUGCUGACACUUCCAUGGGACCCUCGCCUGGCCUUAUCCGGCUGGGGCCGAGGACGCGCGUCAGUGCUCAAGUUCGAGGUAUCCCGCAGCCCCGGGCGUCCGGUGGAGUGGACGGGAUUCGUUCCUACCGCGGGUCUUGUGCACAGCCCUCGACGUGUCUUCGAGAGGGCAAUCUGUCUCACGGGAAGACUGGGCUCAGAGCCGCCAACCUCUGCCCGCACGGUUGGGUCAACGGGGGCAUCAGCCGAUAGACGCACGGUAUCACUCGAGGUGGCUAUGAUGUUCCAGCCUGUCUUCCCGGGAGGUGUUCGGGGAGGUUCGAGAGCUACCAGUAACGUGUCACGGGGGGUGGUUCAUUCAGAGGACGCAAGACGGAAUUCGCUCGAUCACCCGCCGUUCCACCCAGAUUUGCGAAGAAUCGCCUGCGAAGGGGGGGAGUUGGUCGUGCACUGCCUACGAGCAAGGAACUUGCGCUUGCCUCGACAAGAGAAGUCGGUAGAGUCACGAGAUGCUCAGCCUGAGAUCUUCCUGACUGUCCUGCCUGAUGGAGGCGAGGCCCAAACUUCGACGUCCUACAUGGGACCGGGCGGGCGGCAUCCUGUUUGGGGACAGACUCUCACCCUAUCCAUCACGGACGCCGCCACAGCUCGCGUUGUGGUGCGGGUGAGAAAUGUGAGCCAAGACUUGGAAGACAACGUCCUUGGCGAAGUAGAGCUGUCUUCAGCGGGGCUCAUUGCCGCAGAACAUGGCGUGGCCGCCGCCGCCGCCGCUCUCCCUGGAUUCUCCGAUUGCCUCGAGCGUCCACCCGGGGGGUCUUCGUCGUGUGUGAGCCCGGACAAGGAUGCUGCCCCUACCAGACAGGAACUUGCCGACAACAGCUACAGCUCUGAUAACGAGGAUCAUGUGGACACGGAACGAUUUCCCGGCCGUAAACGAGAGCCGUCCGGAAAAAAUACGACAAGCCCGCACAAGAUCAAGCCGUGUGGGUUCGAGGCCUGGUUCCCUCUUUUCAUCGCCGGUCGGCAAGGGGGGAGCAGGGAGCGAGAAGUCGCCGGCGAGGUGCGGCUCUGCUGCCGUUUUCUUUCCAAGGACUUUAUGAUGCAGAGAGAGUUAACAGCCGGGGCGGACGAAGGGGAUAACGGCCCUUUCGGUGCGCUGAGAUAUGCGUUGGAGCGGCGACCUGGUCGACUCUUCAUGACGAUAAGGUGCUGUCGGGCCCUGCCGAAAGCCAUGAUCGGAGAAAGGGCCCCUCUGAUAGAGGCCAGACUGCGGCACGGAGGUUGGCAGUGCAGCACCCGGCGGCAAACGGGACUGAAUCCAGUGUUCAACGAGAACAUGGCUGUGGACGUGCUGUGGACACCACAGGACUUCAAUAGUCCAGAGAUGAUUCUUGAGGUGAAAGACAAGGCACUCGGCGGGGGGCUUCUAGCUGCCGUACGCGUAGCGGUGGCCCCCUUUAUCCUCCACCCGUCGAUGCCCGCUGAUAUUUGGAUCCCGUUGCUGGGCGGAGCAGCAAGAGAAACGAAUUCAGGGAUAUACCUCGGCCUCGUUUACGUUCCAUCGGUGGACGAGAUGCCAAACAUGGAUAAGCACUUGCCAACGAAGAAUCCGACCAGCCUCGCCAUCAACGACAUCGAGCACAUUGCUGAUCCCGAAUAUUCGGCCGUGUUAUGUCGAGCCCGACGUGGGGUCGUCCAUGUACAGAUCAUCUCAGCCCGGUGUCUCCCUGCUUCUUCCAAAGACCCGCAGGUGGGGGUGCGGCUCAGGGUCGGAGACCACUGCGGCGGUCCAUUACCGCCGUUCCAGCGGACAGCGGCAAUUCGAGGGGGUCGAGGAGAGCCACAGUUCAACUCCACAUUUUUCCUAGACCUGCAACAAGAUGCGCCAGGGCUUGAGGAAGAAUCAAACCGAGUUGUGCUGGGACGCACACCGGUACUAGAGGUGGAAGCUCGUUGCUGUAGAGGCAAGGGAAAGGUCCUGGGAACGGUAGAGAUUCCUAUGUUUCCCCUUUGGUUCAUGGGGCACAUGACGCGCGCGUGGUAUCCCAUGCGUAGCUGUGACGGCGAGGCGGAGGCUGGGAGGGUAUUCAUCGGGCUGCAGUUCAUCGCUGAUGAGAAGAGCAGGGAGAACGGUGGCAUGACGGCAGCUUCCGUAUGCGAUGGCGCUGGCACAAUCUCCAGGCGGAGGCGAUACUUGUUCUUGGAAGUGCGGCAGGGGCGGGACCUUCGGCAUACGCACGCCGAGUCUGACCGUCCUGUCGUGCACGUGGAGAUGUUGGGGUCGGGAGCGAGAGGAAAAACGCCUCCAGCGAGGGGUGGGGGACCCGACCCCGAAUGGGCUGACGGGGCAGGCCUUCUGGCACUACCGUACCCACCUCGUAGCAGUGUCGGAGGGUUCGGGUCCUCGAACGAGGUGCUCCGGAUAACCGUCCUCAACGAGCAGCGUAGACGUGGCGAUGGGCAGGAUAAGGGUACAGGACGGAGUGUCGAAGGAGGGGCGUGGGGAGUGGGUGAGUCAAGUACUGUCAUCGGGCAUUGCGACUGGCCUCUGCCCACGGAGGACCUCGACUUGGGUCACCCAAUCAGCUCCUGGCACGCCGUAUGGACCGAAGGCAUACCUGCGGGUGCGGUGUACGUGCGUUGUCGAGUGGGCUUCGAGGGCGACACAAUCGAUCGCGCUCCGCCUUACGAUAUCCAGAACGCCAACGGCGCGGGAAGCAUGACGAUGUCGCCUCUCUCGUUCGGGAACUAUCACGUCGAGUUUUUGGAAGUGCGAGGGUUCGAAAGGACCUUGCAACGGAUCGGGAUAGCCGCCGAAGACGGUUUCUCUAAGCAAGGCAACCGACUGCGGUGGGAAGGCGCGGCGCAUCUGGCCGAGGCCCCAGGACAUGGCCUUGACGGCAAUACGACCUACGGCGCCUCUUCAGCCCGAGUAGGGUCAGGUCGUGCUGUGGCCGUUGGCGCGAGGGGACGUGGCGGCAGUCGAUCGCUGUGCGUUCGAGUCUCUAUUGUUGGAGAACGCUUCAGCAAGGAAGGGUCUGGAGAAGAGGACACUGGGCAAGUUCUUCUCUCGAUACGGUAUGCUCCGUUGGCAGUGGGAAUCCUCCAAGUGGCCAUACGUGAGGCUCAGCUGCUGGACAAUGACCGUUCACCGACCUUCGGGUCAGGAAACAUUAAAGCUUUAACUCGUCUGCUGCCCGCUCAGACUGGUGCAGCCAUGGGGCACAGGGUGCGGAGUACACCCGGGAGGCGAGGCGUGCGGACAAGCCUCCUGGGAGAACACGGAGGAGAAGCCUAUGCAAAAGGGGGUGCAAUUUUUUCGUGGGACGGCGCCUGUCCUCAUCGCAUGCGGUUCAACAACGCCUUCAACAAGCAGCCGACUACGCUGCAUGUGAGCGUGGUUCAGGGAGACCGCGUGGUCGGAUUCGCGUCUGUUGGCGUGGAGGCCGUCGUGCAUAAUGGCAUAUCGACGAUGGCGCGAGAAACCGCUCAAUCCAUUCGCAGACCAAGGGGUAGCGCUCAUGAUUUUGGGCCCAUCGGGAUGAGGGAAGAGGACUUCGGACACUCCGUGCAAGCAUGGUACCCACUGCACGCACCGGACGAUAAGAAUACUUCCUCCAGAGAAAGUGAGCUUUCGUCGUCGGUGUCCGGCGCAGCAGACACGGAGGUUGGUCGGGUGCUCAUCGACCUCAAGUUUGCGCCCCAUCCGAACGUUCUCGUGAGAAACUGGCAAGAGGGCGCUGCAACUUCGCGCGCAAAUGGCAUCGCCGCCAUGAAAGCCAUAUAUUAUCGCUUAAACCGUAGCGGGAACCUUGUCAUCGAAACGGAGGAUCUGCGGCUGGCCUUGGUCGACGCCGUCGACGAGUACCUCGCAACAUCUACCGCGGCGGCUAAAACGGCGAUGUCUGUCACGUCUAGCCCAUCAGCUGGCACAUCUAGAGCAUCGCAAGCGGGUGAGUUCGUGCUGCUGGUGUCGGAAGAAAGCAAGUCAAGCUAUGGGGAAGGAAGCAGCGCUGCGCUCUCCGAAUCGGCGGCAGACAACAUCUUGUCCAUGAUGGACCGCGAUCGGACUGCCGAGGUUACGUUCGCCGAGUUUUGUAUGUUCUUGAGCCGGGUGGCCUCACGGCAGGCCGACGCUGCGGUGGGAUAUCUGGUUAGCGAGCUAGCCGAAGACAACGAUGACGAAAGUAGCGACAGCGAUAGCGAUGACGACGCUCUCGGGAGCGACGCUAGCAGGAACGCCGGCGGCAACCGCGACGACCCGCACGGUAGACGGCGUACCAGACGUGUUCCCAGCUUGGUUGGUUUGGUUGAACCGUCAACGGACCAGACCGUGAGAAACACUCAACUCACAGGGAGGCAAGACAGCGCCACCACCACCACCGAAGACGGCCGGCAAAGCUCUCCAAAAACCGGUUCAGAUUCGUUUCACUAUCCGGAGUCCGCGAGAAAACCUAACGUGGGCCCCCCAAAACUCUUCACGGCUGAACCCCCAGGUAGGGUGCAAGACAAACCGUCAAAGGGCAGGUCUUGA